AUGGGCGGAAAGAAGUUGGCGACACCCAAGGGGCGCUCAGGGUCAGCAAACUCGAAAACGGAUAAGCUGUUGUCGAACUCAACAGCGAAAGCUAAACCGAAAUCAUUGCGGAAAGUUGAGACUCCAGCAGCCAAAUCAGGUACACCUCGAGUGCGAAGGCGUGCAUCGGAUUUUGCUAGCAAAAAACGGUCCUCAAAGAAGAGACCUCGCGACACACCCGAUAGUACUGAAGCCAUCGACGAAACUCUAGCUGGGUUGAGAGGCGCCCUUCAUUCGAAGAAGAAGGAUGCUGAACGAGGCAUUUCUGAGACUUUAUUAAGUGCUUUGAAGCGUGCUAAAGAUGCGUAUGAGGACGACGAAAGCGGGCCCUCGUCUGAUGACAGUGGUGAAGGCAUUGAGGUAGGUAAGAGAAAGAAACCCCAGGUUUCUGCAAAGAAAAUGACCCCGAAGAGCGAGAAAUUGAGGACGCCUACCACAAUGAAGAAGGAUAAUCCCAAAAAGAGGUUGUUCAACUCUCCAGACGUGUCGGGAAACGGUUCCUUGCGUCAGACUGGGGAGGGCAGUGGUUUGGUUACUCCAAAGCACACCAAUAAGAAACGAGAAAAGACACAACGAAGCACGGCGAAGAAAAGCAAGCGCGAGGCAGGACGUGCUACGGUGACAGCCAGCGCUCAUAAACGAGAUAUUGAGGCUCUCAAGAAAGAGGAUCCCGAUUUUUACAAAUUUCUAGAGGAAAAUGAUACUACCUUACUGGAUUUCGACGACGAGGAUGAGCUUGGUGACAUUGAUCAAAGUGAAGAUGAGAAAGAAAAUGAGGACAGUCCACAUGAAGAAGAGAGCGACGUUGACAGUGAGCCAGAAAAGGAAACACCAAAGAAUGAAUCGGAUGUUUCCGCGAGUGAGGGGGACGAAGAUGAAUCGGACGAUGAUGAAGCGGACACAAAGGGUACGGCGAUUCCGACAGCAGUCGGCGACGAUGUCAAGGGAUAUAGUGACAGUAGCGAAGAUGAAGAAGAUGAGAGACGAGCAGAAGAAGAAGCAGCUGCAGAGGCUGGUCUGGACGUAAAUGGUACGGCGAUGGACAGCAGCGAUUCGGAACACGAGGACGGAGGCGUCGAAAGGGCUGAGGCGGAAAGCGAAGAAAUGGAAGAGGACUUGAAGGAGGAAAAAGUGAAGAAAGGCAAUAAGAGAAUGAUUUUCGUUGACAUGGCAUAUUUGCAGACCAUCAAGAAGCAGCUGAGAUCAAAUCGCUCAAGCCUUGAAGCUGCGAAAGAUCUGCUUCGUCUCUUCAGAGCAGGCAAAGAAAUCCUCCCGGCGAAAGUCGACUCCCAGAGACAGAAGCACAAAUCAAAAGAUCGAUCCAAAAUCGCAAAUGACGGCCAGUCUGUGGAAGCUGCCGAGGUGGGUGCUGACGAAUUCGCUGAUGACGGCAGCUUUACAGCAGGCAAAGUGAGGUUUGCGUCGGCGAAAGCGUAUCAGCAGGCUCUGAACCUCGCGAUCUCAGGUAUUCAAGAUGCUCUCGAUCGCAUGCUGGGCAAGCCGAAAGAUGUCUCUGACGAGCGUCAGAUUAGCAAGUGGGACCCAUCAGAGAGCGGCCGAUGGAUGAACUUACAACGAGUGUUUCAGUCGUAUGUAUUUCAUAUGUUAUCCUUGUGUGACGUUGUAACUGAUCCAGCCACUUCGCGAUUUUUGAUGAAACGCCUGGAGAAGCUCGUGCCUUACACAAGGGAAAACAAAGUUCUUCUCAAGAAAAUUGUCAAAGUUGCUAUUAGAGUUUGGUCUGCGGAUGCUUUGCACAUGAGCGAGCCCUCUCGACUCCGUGCAUACUUGUUGUUGAACAAGCUCGCUCAUGGACCUGGCAAUGCUGAAGUCGUUCUCCGAAGUUGCUGUGCGGCCUACGCCUCAUCAAUUGCGAAUGUUUGCAAUCCCAGGACUCUCCCUACAAUUCAGUUCGCGGCUACUUGCAUUGUCGAAUUAUUCAGCAUUGACAUGGGCGCGUCCUACAGUACCGCCUUUGCGAAUCUCCGAGAGAUCGCCAUCUCGUUGCGAGCGGUCAUGGUUUCGAAGCAAGAAAAGGAGGAAGUGGAACGCAUUCACAAUUGGUCAUUCAUUAAUCGGCUUCGAUUGUGGUCUAUGGUGUUGGGCAAGUAUGGCGCGGAAGAUGAGUUGAAACCUCUUAUUUACCCAUACGUGCAAGUAUCGCUUGGUGUGAUGCGUGUUUACGCUACACCACGUACAUUUCCGCUGCGCUUUCACGUCGCUUCAUACCUAUCUGACGUAAUUGCGCAGACGGGUACUUACAUUCCCCUUGCCCCUCAUCUAUUAUCACUUCUUCGUUGUAGUGAGCUUCGGAAGAAACCAGUCCAUGGGAACUCAAAGGCACUUGAAUGGAGAAGUGUGUUGAGGGUUUCGAAUGACGUCAUCAAAACAAAACCGUUUGUGAGCGGCGUCAUUGACGGUGUUGUAUUUCAGCUGGCAAAGUUCUUCGCAACAAUCUCCAAACAUGUCUCGUUCCCUGAGAUAUCUCACAUGGCUGAGGUAGCACUUCGGAAAUUCGCCAAGGAAGUCGUUGUGCAAGAAUGGAAGGAAAAAAUCAUGGGUCUUGUUGAAAAACUGCAUCAGACAUCUGAUGCGAUUACGGAGGCAAGAGCAAAAGCUGACUUCUCACCGCAAGGCGCAGUUAGCAAAGAAGGUAUGCUGAGUUGUGUUCCAGGUAUGGACCCCGACAAGAAAACUCCAAUUCAACGAUUUUUUGAAGUAGAGUCUACCCGAAUCCGAAAACAAGAGAAGCUUCGCGAUGAGAAAAUCGUAACAAACCAGGGCGCAGCUUCAAAGAAGAUAUCUGCGGAAAAUGACGAUUCAUCGGACUCUGAUAACAGCGAAGUGCCUUCAGAGCCUUCCGCGAAGCGAGCACGUAAAUCGGGUUCUCAAAACGGUGGCCACCCCACUAAGAAGAUCAAACAGAAACUGUCAAUUGUCGGCUCUGACGAUGAUGAAGAACCUGAUAUUGUGCAGGACCUGGACAUGGAUUCAGAGGAUAGUGACGAAGAACAGUAA